AUAAUCAAAUACAGCAAAAUGUCCCGCCACUCCCACACCGCGCUUACAUUUUAUUUAAAGUGCUCUCUCUCUAAAACUUGCAGUGUACAAAGAAAACACAAUAAGCCCUAACAAAGAUUUUCCACAUUCCAAAGGCUUUUGUAUUAAUAUGUGGAUUUUGAGAAUGGGGAACUGUUAACUUGGUAGGCGAAUAUGCUUAUCAAUGACUAUGGAAAUGCACAUGAGCCGGAGCAAUUCAGGUCAAGGGCUCAAAUGUGAUGAUAACCUUCCUAAAGUUAAUUUGUCACAACAUGCUAGUGCACAUGAUAAUUUCUUAAACCAAAAUAAGUUUUUGAGUUCAAAUUUCCUUUUUUCGUUGUCCUCACAAAAACCUGGUGCUGAAGGAGCAAUGUGGGCACGGGCAAUGGACUUCCAAAGUCAAAAUAUUGCAAGGUUGCAGAGCCAGAGUGCACAAGUGGAAAAGGCUUGGCAUACUCUUUCCAAUCUUCAGAUUUCUUGCAGGAAGUACACAAAACCUGGAAAAACUGUACAGGUUAAGGAUCUUCAUAAUAAUGUAUCUCACAGUGUUGGAGGAAGAACUAUUUCCCAAAGCACAUUUAGCAUUGAAAGAAGCUUGGAAGGUAUACAAACACAUAAAAAUUUCAGUGAAACCAACAGCAAGAUUAGUCAACCUGGAAGGUCCAUGGGCAAUAAUUUUUCAUCAAGUAAUGUUAGAGCCAUGGGAGCUGAAAAGAGUCAGAUAAGAGCAUCAGUAGUCAACAAUUCUCAUUCUCAGAAUUUGGAUAGAUCAUUCAACAAUCAUACUGUUCAUAUUGACCAAGUAAAAGAGUCUGCAGGAAUUUUUGCUGGUAACCUGGAUGAUGAUGACAUACUUGAGAAUAUUGAUGUGGACCAUAUAGUGGAACGGUACCAAUCAACUUGCACACCACAACCAUCAAUUUCUAAGCUGCCGCCCAUUACUCCAACUAUAGAUAAAGAUAAUUUUUCUAGGCAAGAUGAAAGUAGUUUGCCACUGGAAUUGUGCUCAAACUGCAGUCAUGGUCUUAAGCUAGGACUGUGCCCCGAAGCUACGACUCAUUUGCAGGAAAUGAAGGACAUGCUAAUCGUUAUAUCAAAUGAACUGCUUGAUAAUGUUAAUGAACUCACCUCAGAGCACAUUGAGAAGCUUCGUCAAGAUAGGUCACAGCUAAAUAAGCAAAUUCAGCAGCUUGAUGGGUAUCUUCGUGCCAAUUCAGUCGACGAGGAAAGACAAAAAUCACAUUAUUCUACAUCCACAACAGCCAUCCGGUCAUUUCAAUAUGAAACACCUCAAGCAGCUGCUUUCAAGACACCAAUGAGAUUUGAAGCCCAGGUAAAUCUGAAUAAUGAGCUGGGAGGGAAUGAAAGGUGGAAUUCAUUCUCCUCUGUAGAUAGAUUUGAUGUUUCAUCAGGCCCUUUGGAGAGGGAACCGUAUGUUCCUAAGUAUGUUGAAGUUAAUUAUAUUGAAGGUUCUAAUGACAAAAAGUGGAGUAGUCAGAACUUCCCAUGGGCAAAGAAGCUGGAGGCCAAUAACAAGAAAGUGUUUGGGAACCACUCUUUUCGCCCCAACCAAAGAGAGGUUAUUAACGCUACGAUGAGUGGUUGUGAUGUUUUCGUUCUAAUGCCAACUGGAGGGGGAAAGAGUUUGACAUAUCAGCUCCCUGCUCUUAUCUGUCCAGGUAUAACAUUGGUAAUUUCUCCCCUCGUGUCACUUAUUCAAGAUCAGAUAAUGCAUCUAUUGCAGGCGAACAUACCUGCUGCUUACUUAAGUGCCAAUAUGGAAUGGACAGAACAGCAGGAGAUCCUUAGAGAGCUAUGCUCUGAUUACUGUAAAUACAAGCUAUUAUAUGUGACACCAGAGAAAGUUGCCAGAAGUGAUGUUCUUUUGAGGCAUCUGGAGAGUUUGCAUGCUCGGGAAUUGCUUGCCAGGGUUGUUAUUGAUGAAGCUCAUUGUGUGAGCCAGUGGGGGCAUGAUUUUAGACCAGAUUAUCAGGGUCUUGGUAUCUUGAAACAGAAGUUCCAAAAUACUCCUGUGUUAGCUUUAACAGCUACUGCAACAGCCAGUGUAAAAGAAGAUGUUGUGCAGGCUCUAGGCCUUGUCAACUGCAUUGUUUUCCGGCAAAGUUUUAAUCGCCCAAAUUUAUGGUAUUCUGUUAUCCCCAAGACUAAGAAGUGUGUGGAAGACAUUGACAAAUUCAUCAAAGAAAACCACUUUGAUGAAUGUGGAAUAAUUUAUUGUCUUUCAAGAAUGGACUGUGAAAAAGUAGCUGAAAAGUUACAGGAAUGUGGACAUAAAGCGGCAUUCUACCAUGGUAGCAUGGAUCCUGCUCAACGUGCCUUUACCCAAAAGCAAUGGAGCAAAGAUGAAAUCAAUAUAAUUUGUGCUACGGUGGCAUUUGGAAUGGGUAUCAACAAACCAGAUGUCCGCUUUGUAAUUCAUCAUUCUCUCCCAAAAUCUAUUGAAGGUUACCACCAGGAGUGUGGCCGAGCUGGUAGAGAUGGUCAGCGGUCAUCUUGUGUUUUGUAUUACAGUUAUAGUGACUAUAUAAGACUCAAGCAUAUGAUUAGCCAAGGAGUAGCAGAGCAAACUCCAUUGACAUCUGGAUAUAAUCGUGUCAACACUGCUAAUUCAGGGAGGAUACUGGAAACAAAUACCGAAAAUAUUUUGCGCAUGGUCAGUUAUUGUGAAAAUGAUGUAGAUUGUCGACGUCUUCUACAGCUCGUUCAUUUUGGAGAGAAGUUUGAUUCUGCAAACUGUAAAAAAACCUGUGACAAUUGUUUGAAGAAUAAAAGUUUAAUUGAGAAGGAUGUCACAGGCAUUGCAAAGCAAUUGGUUGAACUGGUGAAGUUAAUGGGGCAGCAGUUUUCAUCAUCUCAUAUUUUAGAAGUCUAUAGGGGAUCCUUAAGCCAAUUUGUCAAGAAGCACAGACAUGAGACUUUAAGCCUGCAUGGAGCUGGGAAACAUCUAGACAAGGGUGAAGCUUCCCGUAUAUUGCGUCAUCUUGUUACUGAGGAUUUCCUUGUGGAAGAUGUCAAGAAAAGUGAUGUUUAUGGAUCUGUAUCAUCAAUAUUGAAGGUGAACGAGUCCAAAGCUAAAAAUCUCUUCCUUGGUGGGCAGACAAUCAUAUUAAGAUUCCAUUCCUCUGCGAAAGCGGUUAAACUGAGCAAAUCUGGAGUGACUCCAGCAAAAGGCUCAUUGACAUCUGGGAAGCUAAGUCCUCCUCGAAUUGACACUCCUGCUGAGCCUCAACCUGAAGUAGACUUGAAUCUCUCAGCCAAACUGUAUUCAGCUCUGCGAAUGCUCCGAACUAUUCUUGUCAAAGAAGCUGGGGAGGGGGUCAUGGCAUACCACAUAUUUGGUAAUGCUACGCUGCAGCACAUCAGCAAAAGAAUUCCCAGAACAAAGGAAGAGCUUCUUGAGAUCAAUGGCAUUGGCAAGGCUAAGGUAAGCAAGUAUGGAGAUCGGAUACUUGAAACCAUCGAGUCUACCAUCCACGAAUACUACAAGACAGAGAAAAACAACAGCAGCAGCAAUGACAGUACUGAUUCAAUGAAGAGGAGAAGGAAUACAAAUAGCAACCAAAAUACUAACUUUGAGGAUGAUGACUUCUCCAGAAGUACUGGUAGAUCAAAGAAAAGAGCAGUAAUGGAGCAGAAGAAAACUGCUGAGGCUUCUAAUGGUAUGAAGCCAGAUUCUUACAACCAAUGCAUAGAUGAUGACCUAGAUUUCUAUGAUUAUGAUUUUGAAAUGAAUGGUUCAAAUACAAAGGCUAGUUCGAACAAUGGAAGAGUGCUUCCUUUGUGGUCAGCAGCUGGAAACGGGAUUCAAUCUUGAUUAUUUCAAAAGCAUGUAUAGUAGAAAGCAAUUUCUUGUUGCAUUUAAUUUAAAACUAUGGGGAAGAAUUUUGUGUGACAACCAUGCAUUUCUGGCUGUCUGAACCAAAGGUUUUGUACCAUUUAUGUAGUGGAUAUUUUAGUGUGUACAGUUUUGCAAAACUUGUUAGUAGCGAGUUUCUUAUGUAUCAGACCAUGACCAAAGGUAAUUUUAUAAUCGUAGUAGAAAGGCAUUGAAUGACA